UUCGCGGCGACUAAGCGUGUAUGUACAAAUGUACCGACAGCGUCGAAUUCGCAAUUUGCAGCAGUGAUUACGAGUUGGCGUUAGUCCUCUACCACAGAGCUGCGAACCUGUAUCCGAGGGACAGCAGUCACAGCGUGGCGGCUAGGAAGACCGCGGCUACGAUAAGCUCUUGCCAUAAUCCGUCGAAAGCUCUGCGAAAGGCUUUGCCCACCACCGGGACAGGGGAGCGAUUAACCCUCGCCCUCUGCCCGGAAACCGCGGCCAUCAUGGCGAACGAGAAGCUGAAGAAAUCCCCGGAACCUUCGUCCAUCACCGAGGUACUUAGCUACUUCGAUAACCACAAAACGUAUUGGAAAACCCUUCCUACGCCACGGAUCUCCAACACCCAACUGACGAAAUCUAAGUUGAUGUUGAAGCAAUUGAACAACCUAGCCGAGACUUCACUGAAGAACCUCCAGUCUACUUUCAACUCAGGAAAAAUUUCAGCCGCGUUGAAGAUAGCCCAGGAGCUUUUAAUGCUGUCCGGUGGUUUCAGAGAUCCAACUCGCUAUCAGAUAGCGGCGUAUCAUUACCUAUCGUUGAUCCACGUGGCCCUCGGGAGGCACGAUCGAGCCGUCUGCAACGUGUCACGUUUAGUACGAUUGUCGAAGAGCACCGAGGAUCUGGUUCUGAUCUGCAGAGCUCUGGUCACUUUGGGAAAGGUGCAUCUGAACUUCGGCCACCUGGAGGCCGCCGCCAAGGCGUGGGAACAUCUGUCUAAGGAUCUGAAGAAACCAAUUCCGAUGGCCUGGAUCCGACACGAGAUUGGAAGAUGCUAUUUAGAGACUGGAAAGUAUCAAAGAGCUUUGGAAAAUGGCGCCAGAUGUGUGGAAGCGGCUGCAAGGGGCAAUUCCAAGAAGUGGACACUGAACGGAAGAUUACUGUUAGGUCAGACCUUGGUAAAACUCGGGAGAUUCGUCGAGGCUUUGGAGGAGCUGCAGAUGGCCGCUAAGAUUACCGAGGAAGAGGGUGACACGCCGAUGUUAUCCUACAUCCAGGAUCUUAUCGAGCAAGUGACCCGCGCUCUCCGCAAGAUUCCAUACGAGUACGGGACUACUUGGGGAGUGACCAGUGCCGGGAUCAGUCACGAGCAACGGACCGAGGAGAAUUCGAGUCUGUUCAUCAGCAGCGAGGAGACCGUGAUAACAACGGUGUUUUCGCAGAGGAGGGUGAUCACCGAGUGUCUGGAGGAAUCCAGCAACGAGGACGACGAGGAGGAGGAGUUAACGACGCAUUCAGAGAAGAUCGCACAGACUUACCGUGAAAGCACGGUACGCUCGGAUCUCGGAGAACGGGAAGAGGAGCAAGACGUCCCUGCAGGCAGCUCUACGUUCAGAGUCGAAGACACGACUGAGAGCAAGAAAAAAGUUGUUUCUCCUUCCUCGUUCUCCUCCUCUUCCUCCUCUUCUUCUUCUUCUUCUUCUCUGUCGAUAUCGUUCGACGAGAAAAGUGAAAACGUUAAAGAUUUGGGGGAGUCGACGAACAGGACCGAGAACGAUAUUCAGCACGAGGGGCUGAAGGGUGAAAGCAGCAGUAAAGCAUCUUUGAGGAGCGAUAACACGACGGCGACUUAUGUCAUUCAAAAGGAAUCUACUUUAGAAGAGAAGAAACGUGCGACUGUUAUUGACGAGAACGAGAUGAUCACUGAACUGAGAAUGACAGUCGACGAUAAGGAAGGGAAUCGUAGAAUAACCGAGGCUUUGAAGAUGGUUAAUUGCAACGAUAGCGAACAGAGACAGGAUAUGAUUAACGCUAUUCGCGUUAUCGAAGAGCUGGGGAAGAAGGACGAGGUGGAACUUUUGGAUAUGCUCAGAGACAUGCUGUUAACUACCGAGGGGCGAGACUAUCUGGGAAACUCCGGGGACGGGUUUAGAACCUCGAGAUCCGGCGACGACAGGCAGAGUGGAAUUACGACCAAUCGGUUGACGAGAACCUCGUCUUUGCCACCGUCUCCAAGGCAAUGUAAUGUCAAUGAGGAUUUUCGUAAAUGUCCCAUGCCUUUGCCGUCCAAUUAAUAAUCCUCUUUUGCUAGUCUAUUAAAAUAUUCUCAUCUAUGUAUAUUUUUUUAUCAGUGAUUCACCUCUA